GUAAAUUCAUUUAGUGAUGCCACGCGGCCAUUACGCGCCACCGUUAACAAAGGAUUGCAUCAGCCACGCGGCUUUAGUCAAUCCAUAAUUGACGCGUGAUAUUAACAAUUAAUUACAUUAAAUUAGUUAUUGACAUUUAAUUACGAUCUUAUUUAAUUUAGCUUAUAAAUAAUUAAAUUCCAACUUCAAAUCAUUUGACUAAUUUCUACACGAAAAACAUCAAACUCAAUUGACUAACAUUCUGUUAUCAAUUGAAUAUUAUUUGUUCUCGCCUUGAGACAGUUGAACAUUAAUAGAUCUCACUCUGAGAUAGUUCAAAGUGAUUAGAUAUUACUAGCUCCCACCUUGGGACUUAUCUAAUUCAAAUUAUCGAUAAUUUUCUAUCUAAGGCGGUUGAGCUCACCCCUAUUGCGUUAUUGCAACGUAAUUUUACACAUUCACACUUACACAUACACAAUUUACUUGUAUAAUUUCAUCAAGGAGGUUUUUUCCCAGCCUAGCUGGGUUUUCCUCCUUUGGGGACAAAUAAAUUCUUCUAAAUUGUUCCCCAAAAAAUCCAAGUAUUUUUAUUUAAUUUCCUAAUCCCAACUUUAUCGUAUAAUUUAAAACAAUUACGGGAAUUAUCCGCAUUGGAUAGUUUUCGACAAAACAUUUGGUGCCUCCUGUGAGGUUUGAAGUGUACACGAGCCCUGAUUUGCGAAGACGAGCAAGACGUGCCGAAGAUCCAGUCACUAUACCACCCAGCUGCUGCCAGCAUCGUUGGACUUCAAUACAAAUAAGAGAAGAGAUUAAAUUCAGACUCAUCAUUAAAAUCCGAAUACAAUAAAGUCAUGAAUGAAUACAUCAAUCUUGGCCACAUGGUACACGUACCGGAUGAUAGUGGACCAGGGUAUUACAUGCCCCAUCAUCCGAUAAUAAAAACAUCCAGCACUACCACUAAGGUACGCGUUGUAUUUGAUGCUUCAGCUAAAACCGAUAAAGGUAUCUCCUUGAAUGAAGUCUUACUAACAGGGCCUACUAUACAAGAUAAUCUUUUCACCAUUCUCUUACGUUUUCGCACUUUUGUCUAUGCUAUGACUUCUGAUAUCGCUCAAAUGUAUCGACAAAUUUGCAUACAUCCGGAUCAUCAUAAAUUUCAACGAAUCCUUUAUUAUCAUAAUGACAAAAUUAGUACCUUUGAACUUAAACGAGUUACAUUUGGGGUUUCUGCAGCUCCAUUUCUAGCUAUACGCACUGUAAAUCAACUUGCUGAUGACGAAUCUCAUAAUUUUCCUGUAGCUUCAAAAAUAUUAAAACGAGAUCUUUAUGUCGACAACUUAUUAACCGGAUCCAAUUCUUUGACCGAAAUUUUAAAUUUGCGUGACGAAAUCAUUCAACUAGUGCGAAAGGGUGGAUUUGAACUCAGACAAUGGGCUUCGAAUCACCGACACGCACUGGAUAAUUUCGAUCAAAGAACCUUAGAUUUAGAUUGUGCUAUUAAUGAUGAUCCUAUCUCUAAAACUUUGGGCAUAGCAUGGAAUUCUCUAACUGACGAAUUUAUCUAUACAGUCAAAUCAAACGAUUCAUCACGAAAAAUAACUAAACGAACCAUUUUAUCUGACAUUGCAAAAAUUUUCGAUCCUAUCGGAAUUCUAGGUCCUAUUGUAUUAGCUGCAAAAACCAUCAUUCAAGAAUGUUGGAAAUUAAAGGUCCAUUGGGAUGAAACGGUCCCACAAGAAUUGCAUUUGCGCUGGUGUAAAUUUGCUGAACAAUUACCCCUAAUCAAAGACUUUUCUGUUGAACGAAAUAUUUUAAUUCCUGAUCCGACUGACAUACAAUUGCAUGGAUUUUGUGAUGCUAGUAGAGUAGGCUAUGGUGCUUGCAUUUAUAUAAGAUCAGUGAAUAAACAUGGAGACGUAAUCGUGAAAUUAGUUUGUUCCAAAUCUCGAGUUGCUCCCAUUAAAGAUGUUACAAUUCCAAAAUUAGAGUUAUGUGGAGCAUUAUUACUUGCUAAAUUAUAUAAAGACACAAUUCCUUCAUUUAACGUUGACAUAUCUAAAGUCACAUUUUGGUCUGAUUCAACUAUUGUACUUCAAUGGCUCAAACGAUCUCCCAGCACUCUCAAGGUCUUUGAAGCGAAUCGCGUUACACAAAUUCAAACCCUUUGCAGUAAAAUCGAAUGGCGACAUGUCAGAACCAAGGAUAACCCGGCAGAUUGCUUAUCUAGAGGUCAACUUCCUUCUGAAUUUCUAAAUAACAAAAUGUGGUUGAUAGGUCCUACGUGGCUAUCACAGGAUCCUCUCAAUUGGCCUAACUUAAAGCCGGCAGUUCUUUCUGAACUUCCUGGUGUUCGAAAAAUUACUUGUUUACUAGCUUCCACUGACAAUUUAUUUAAACGGUUUUCAUCAUAUUCUAAACUUAUAAAUUCUUUUUCCUAUUGUUUACGAAUGUUAAAAGAUAAUCCAUUCAAACACAAACCUUUAAACGUAGAAGAAAAAUUAUUAACUGAAAUUAAAAUCUUAACUCUGAUUCAAAACGAACAAUAUCAUGAUGAAAUCAAACAAAUUAAAGAAACCGGAGAGACUAAAAAUCUACGAUUACGAUGCCUUAAUCCAUUUAUUGAUUCAAACGGAUUAUUGAGAGUGGGAGGCCGUUUGAAACAUGCUCCCAUAUCCUUUUCGAAAAAACAUCCUAUUUUAUUACCUUCACGUCAUUAUGUUACUGAUCUAAUUAUUAGAGAAACUCAUGAAAGUUUGUAUCAUUCGGGUAUACAAAGUACACUUUCAAAUCUUAGACAUAAGUUUUGGCUGCUAGAUGGCAAAAAUCAAGUACGUAAAAUCAUUAGACAUUGCGUUAAAUGCAUUCGAUAUCAACCAAUUCUCUUACAAAGUAAAAUGGCCGAUUUGCCUAGUUCUAGAGUCUCGGAAUCUCCGCCAUUUUCUCACGUAGGAAUUGAUUAUUUUGGACCUCUCUUUAUCAAGGAACGUAAAUUUCGAAACAGAACUAAAGUCAAGGUCUAUGGAUGUGUUUUUGUUUGCAUGGCUACUAAGGCUGUACAUUUAGAAAUCGUAAGUGACUUAACUACCGAGGGUUUCUUAGGAGCUUUCGGACGUUUUAUUGGUAGAAGAGGGGUUCCAUCUCAUGUAUAUUCUGAUAAUGGUACCAAUUUUGUGGGUGCAAAUAAUCAAUUAAUAGAACUUUACCAACUAUUCAACUCUAAGUCCCAUCAGGACAUUGUUAACAACUAUGCAAUAAAGAAAAACAUUGUCUGGAAAUUCAAUCCACCUUUAUCUCCUCAUUUCGGGGGUAUCUGGGAGGCGGCAGUCAAGUCAUUUAAACACCAUUUUAAACGAGUAGUGAAAGAGCAACUUUUAACAUUUGAAGAAUUAAAUUCUCUGGCUAUACAAAUUGAAUCUAUAUUAAAUUCUCGUCCUUUAUGUUCAUUGUCAAGUGAUCCUAAUGAUCCUAUUGCUUUAACUCCUGCACACAUUUUAAUAGGUCGUCCUCUCACUAUGCUACCUGAAAAUGAUUUUUCUGACGUUCCAGAUAAUAGACUAAGCUCAUGGCAAUUCACUGUCAAGGUGCGACAAUUUCUGGAAACGCUGGUAUUUGGAAUACCUUCAUGA